UAUUGGUCGUGACACAGAUUCAAAGAGGAUAUUUCAACGGGUCAAGAUGUUGUAUAUUAUAGGUUUAGGGUUGGGUGACGAGAAAGACAUUACUUUGAGAGGGCUUGAAGCAGUGAAAAGUUGCGAGAAAGUAUAUAUGGAAGCCUAUACCUCUCUUCUUUCUUUUGGCCUUUCCUCCGAUGGAAUUUCAACUCUUGAAAAGCUAUAUGGAAGGCCAAUUAUACUUGCAGAUAGAGAGACUGUUGAAGAAAAGGCAGAUGAUAUAUUAUCAGAUGCUCGUCGAUCUAAUGUUGCUUUCCUUGUUGUUGGAGAUCCUUUUGGAGCCACAACGCACACUGAUCUUGUUGUUCGGGCAAAGAAGUUGGGAGUGGAUGUUAAGAUAGUGUACAAUGCAUCUGUGAUGAAUGCAGUUGGUGUUUGUGGUCUACAACUCUAUCGCUAUGGGGAGACUGUUUCUAUUCCAUUCUUUACCGAAACUUGGAGGCCUGACAGUUUCUAUGAUAAGAUAAAAAGAAAUCGAGACCUUGGUUUGCACACUUUAUGUUUAUUAGAUAUACGUGUGAAGGAACCUACACUGGAAUCCUUGUGCAGAGGGAAGAAACAAUAUGAGCCGCCAAGGUAUAUGACAAUAAAGAUUGCAAUUGAGCAACUAUUAGAGGUUGAACAAACACGAGGGCUAUCUGUGUACAAUGAAGAUACAAAAUGUGUUGGUUUUGCACGACUGGGAAGUGAGGACCAAACCGUAAUUGCAGGGACAAUGAAGCAAUUGCUAACAUCAGAAUUUGGGCUGCCUUUGCAUUGUCUGGUUAUAGUUGGUGAAACUCAUCCAGUUGAAGAAGAAAUGUUGAUUUCAUAUACCAUUGGAGAAGAUGCAAAGUAAAGAUAACAAUUCAUAUUAUAUUAUUAAUCUUUGAAUGGCUCAAUAAUCUUGAGAUGAAAGAACAGUUGGAGCUCCAUUAUUUUUGUUAUUGAGAAAGGUCUAGUUUAUAAAGCCAUUAUUGUAUUUUAUGUUUAUUUUUGUGGAUUCUUGAAGGUGGUAGUUGUACUAAAUAUGCAACGAAUAUUAGAUCAUUAUUAUUUGUCAAAUUUUGAAGAUGCUUGCAAUUUCACUUAUUGGUGCUGAUUUAUUGUGGAAAGUUUGAUUAUUAUUUUU